GUAUAUAUACUAUUUAUAAUUAACAGCAUUUCCACUUCCCACUCCAUCUCUUCCUUACCAUUUCCAGUUAUUUUUCUCCACCAAAGCGCUGUCUCUUUCACAUGACCUGUAGCCAUAAAUAUAUACUGUAUGUGUAUAGACAGAGUAUUUGGUGUGGUUAGCUUGCAGAAAACUCCUCUAGACGAAUAGAUCUCUUUCUUUUUGCUCUUUUGUUAUAUGUUUAAUAUUGAAAGUAAACUCUUUUGUUGAGAGAACUGGUGGGGGCUUAUACGUGGAGUUGAAGUUAUCCUGAAGGAGUCGAGAUUAUAUUGGCAAAGAAAAAUUAAUGGAUCAAGAAACGAAUGGACAUAAAGCAAUCGUUAGAACUUUGGGUCAAUUUAAUCAAGAAACAAUUGGGACCUCAAGUGGAGAUUCAAGCAAUUCGGAUAAUAAGGUUGUGUUGGAGAAUCCAAAUGUUCCAAAUUCACGAGAGACAGUGAGUGCUAGGGAUAAGGACGCAAGUGAUGGAAAAGGAAUUGGUGAGCCAUUGGAUGAAGGAACUAGCGGGAAUUCAAUUAAUUUAGUUGAUAAGGUCGUUCUUGAGAGAAUGAUUGUGGUAAAUUCAGGUGAGAUCGUGAGUUUUAGUGGAGAAAACAAGGAUUUAGCUAUAAAAAUUGAUGAACUGGGGUCAAAUGAUAGAGAAAUUCAGAUAGGAGGUCAGGAAGCAUGUGUUAGAGGAGGAAAUAGUGAGGCAUUGGAUAAAGUUGAGCAAGAAAGUCAUGGGGAUUCCAGUAUUUCAGUUAAUGAGGUUGUGCUUGAGACAGUGAUAAUUGUAAAUUCAGAAGAGCAUAGAUCUAUUAGAGGAGGAAACGAGCUGUUGGAAAUCAAGGGCUGUGGGUUGGGACCGAGUAAGGUAAUGGUGGAUGAGUUAAAGGGAGAGGUGUCCAAAGGGGAGAAGCAAUCAUGUGUGAUUGAUAUGAAAUGUGCUGGUGGAGGAGGAGACAGUCUUAAGGACUGGGAUGGAGAAAGGGUUUGUCGGAUUUGUCACUUGAGUUCUGAGGGGUUGCAAGAAACUAGUGAAACCACCUCUUCUAUGGGUCUAAUUCAGCUUGGUUGUGGGUGCAAAGAUGAGCUCGGCAUUGCACAUGCUUAUUGUGCCGAGGCCUGGUUUAAGCUGAAAGGAAACAGAAUGUGUGAAAUUUGCGGGGAGAUAGCAAAGAAUAUUACAGGUGUUGGGGACAACAGGUUUAUGGAAGAGUGGAAUCAAAGGAGAUUUAUUGGUAGCAGUGGUAGUUCAUCAGACAGAGGCAGAGGAUGUUGGCGGGGACAGCCCUUUUGUAACUUUCUGAUGGCAUGCCUAGUAAUCGCUUUUGUACUCCCUUGGUUUUUCCGGGUGAAUAUAUUUUAACUGGGAGCAAAUGGAGCUCAAAGAUUCUUCUCUUGCACUGCAAUUCUCAUGCUUGCCUGUCAAGAGCUUGCCCAGCGGGGUUGUAGGUUAUUUUGGUUAAUGUUGGUUGUGCUUUACAAUGCCCUGCCAAGACAAUUUCUAUAUUCUUUGUGUUGGCCUGAGGUUGUAUAGUUGCUCGCCCCCUUUCGAUACAAGGCUUGGGAAAGGUCUCUAAUAUUGAGAGAAGGGGUUUUCUGUUUUCUUCCAUAUGCAUUUUUUUUUCUCUUUUGUCUCUGUCUAUAUGAUGGAAAAAUAUUAUUUGGAGAGUUCCCACCAUGCACACACUUCACAAAUUGGUUGAUGUACAGAUAUACACACAAUUUGCAUACAAUUAAUUACGAUGAAAGAUUAGUUUGCUUGUUC